GCGGGCGCCGCCGGCAGUCGCGAGCCGAGCCCCGCGGGAGACAGAUGUGUGUGCGCCCCCAGAGCGCCUGUGCAGUUGAGUGUGUUCGCGAGUGCAGUGAGUGCUCGCCGCGGCAUGACGCGGCAGUGACGGAUGCGGCGCGCGCCGGGACCGCGCGGGGCGCCGGGACCGCGGGCCGCCGCCCUGCUGCUGCCCCUGCUGCUGCAAUACACGUGGGCAGCGGGCGUGUUCGAGCUACAGAUUCUAGAGUUUUCUAACUACCGGCUGCGGCUGGCGUCGGGCGCGUGCUGCGGCGGCGCGGGGGCCGGGGGCGCGGGGGUCGCGGGGGUCGCGGGGGGCGCGGGGGCGGCCUGCACGGCGCCGUGCCGCACGCGCUUCUCGCUGUGCCUGAAGGAGUACCAGGCGGCGGCGGGCGGCGGCGGCGCGGGCUGCUCGUUCGGCCGCGCCGCCUCGCCCGUGCUCGGCACCGACUCCUUCACGCUCGCCGAGCCGCUCUACACGCUCGCGCUGCCCUUCACCUUCCGCUGGACGAGGUCGUUCACCCUGAUCCUGCAAGCGUACGACGACUUCGACUACAGCGACGGCGAGGAGAGCGGGCUGAUCGAGGAGGCGUGGUGGUCCGGCAUCGUGGAGCCGGGCGCGGCGUGGCACGCGCUGCGCCACGCCGGCGCCGCCUCGCUUGCCUACCGCGUGCGCGUGUCGUGCCAGCCCAACUACUACAACACCACCUGCACCAGUUUCUGCCGCCCGCGCGACGACCAGUUCGGCCACUACUCGUGCUCCGCGCGCGGCGACAAGCGCUGCCUGCCCGGCUGGCGCGGCGACAACUGCGACAUACCUGUUUGCAAGGAAGGCUGCCAUCCAACCCACGGACACUGCGAUAAACCUGGUGAUUGCGACUGCCGGCCGGGCUGGCGCGGCGAGCUGUGCGCGCAGUGCACGCCGUACCCCGGCUGCAAGCACGGCUACUGCAACGGCUCCUCGUGGGACUGCACGUGCGACACCAACUGGGGCGGCAUCCUGUGCGACCAGGACCUCAACUACUGCGGGACGCACGAGCCGUGCCGCCACGGGGGCACCUGCGAGAACACGGCGCCCGACCAGUACCUGUGCACCUGCGCCGACGGGUUCAGCGGCACGGACUGCGAGCGCGUGGACAACCCGUGCGCGCCGGGCCCGUGCCGCCACGGCGCCUGCAGCGUGGCCGCCGCGCCGCCCGGCUACAGCUGCGCCUGCGAGCCGGGCUGGGCGGGCGCCGCCUGCGACCAGGACGAGGACGACUGCGCCUCGUCGCCCUGCGUGCACGGCGCGUGCCGCGACCUGCUGGCGGGCUACGAGUGCCGCUGCGCGCCGGGCUGGGCCGGGCCGGACUGCGCGCAGGACGUGGACGAGUGCGCGGGCGGCGCGGGCCCGUGCGUGAACGCGGCGGCGUGCAGCAACGCGCCGGGCGGCUACUCGUGCGCGUGCCUGGCGGGCUGGACGGGCCGCGACUGCGCGCACAACGUGGACGACUGCGCGUCCGCCCCGUGCCUGCACGGCGCCACGUGCAUCGACCUGGUGGACGACUUCCACUGCGCGUGCGCGGCGGGCUACGCGGGCCGCACGUGCGCGCGCGACGUGGACGAGUGCGCGCCGCGUCCGUGCCGGCACGGCGGCGAGUGCGUGGACCUGCUGGACGACUACCGCUGCAUCUGCCCCGUGGGCUUCGCCGGCAAGGACUGCGAGGACGACCGCGACCACUGCCUGGAGGCGCCGUGCGGCAACGGCGCGCCGUGCUACACCGCGCAGGGAGACUACUACUGCCACUGCGCGCCCGGCUGGAGCGGCAAGAACUGCACCGAGCCCGCCCCCGCCGCGCCCGCCCCCGCCCCCGCCGCGCCCGCCCUCGCGUCCGCCGCGCCCGCCGCCUGCCCGCCCGGCGCGCUCGGACCCGACUGUGUCAUGGGACUGAACGCAUGUAACCCUAACCCUUGCCUGAACAACGGCACGUGUGUGGAGAGCGGCGGCGCGGCGCGCUGCGUGUGCGCGGCGGGGUGGGGCGGCGCGCGCUGCUCGGCGGGGGGCGCGGGGGGCGCGUGGUGCGCGGGCGCGUGCCUGCACGGGGGCGCGUGCGUGCGCGGCACGGAGGGCUGGCGGUGCGCGUGCGCGGGGGGGCGCGGGGGGGCGCGCUGCGAGCUGGCGGCGGACGGCUGCGCGUCCGGCCCGUGCCAGCACGGCGCGCGCUGCGUGGGCGGCGCGGGCUGGUGGGCGUGCGAGUGCGGCCCGGGCUGGGCGGGCGCGGCGUGCGACGUGGCGGUGCCGCCCCCCGCCCCCGCGCCCUGCGCCGCCUGCCCCCCCGCCGCCGCCUGCGUCAGCGCGGGGGACUCCUACCGCUGCCAGUGCCCGGCGCCCCCGGCGCGUGGCGCGAGGCGAUGCCUGGAAUUACUGGCUGGACUAGACGAGAAGAGUGAUAUGACGGAAGACACGUCCCUGAGUUACGACGCGGCGACGGACGAGUGGAGCGGGGGGGAGUGCGGCGCGGGGAACGGCUCCUGGUGGUGGGGCUGCAACGUGUGCUGGUGCGGGGGCGGGAGCGGAGGCGCGGGGGGGGGGGGCGCGCAGUGCACGCGGCUGUGGUGCGGGCUGGCGGACUGCCUGCGCGCGGGCGCCGCGUGCCGCGCGGACGAGGUGUGCGUGCCGGCCGCGCCCGCGCUGUGCCUGCGCGCGCCCUGCGCCGCGCCGGGCGAGUGCCGCCGCGUGGUGGCGCGCGCCGUGGCCGCCCCCGCGCUGCCCGCGCCCCCCGCGUGCUGGCCCGGCGCGCCCGCCCCGCCCCCGCCCGGCUGCGCGCGCGUGCUGCUGGAGCUGGCGCGCGAGCGGCUGGCGCGCGGCGCGCACGUGGAGCGCGCGUGCUGGUGGCUGCGGCGCGCGCUGGCGGCCGCGCUGGCGCCGCGCCUCACGCCGCUCGCGCUGCUGUGCGACCUCGCGCCCAACGACGACGACGCGCUCGACCUCGCUCUGUGGGUCGGUGAAGAGGAAGGGCCGGCAGGCGCAGCGACGCUGGACGCGGCCCUGCGCGCGCUGGACGAGCUGCUGGCGCGCCGCCGCCUCGCGCCGCACGCGCUGCUGGGGGCCGCCCUGCGCCUGCGUACCGCCCCCGCGCCCCCCGCGCCGCCCCCCGCCGGCGCCGCGCCCGCGCUGGCCGCCGCGCUGGCCGCCGCCGCCGCGCUGCUGCUGGCCGGGCUGGCGCUGCUGCUGCUACAGCGCCGCCGCGCCGCCGCCGAGCGCGCGCGCCGCUGCGACGAGGAGAAGUCCAACAACCUGCAGAACGAGGAGAACCUGCGGCGCUACGCCAACCCGCUGCACGCGCCCGCGCCCGCGCCCCCCGCCGCCGCGCCGCACCCCCGCGCGCUCGCGCUCUACAAGGCGCACAACGCGGACGCGCGCAACAACACGCCGCCGCGCGCGCCCGACAAGGACUUCGCCAAGCGCGCGCUGCCGCCGCCCGACGCCCCCACCCCCGCGCCCGCCGCGCCCGCCCCCGCGCCCGCGCCGCGCCCGCCGCUGCAGCCGCCCGAGCGCCUCACCGUGCUGGUGUGAGGAGGAUCUCACGUGUGAUACUAAUGUAAGCUAGAGUAGAGACCGUGUACUUACGGUGCGGCCCUCGGUCCGUCUCCAGUUAAUUUAUUGCACUCACCGUCUGUAGAUGUAAGACUAGGUAGUUCGUUUGUAAAUAUUGUACCUAAAAGACUGUAAAUAAUGUUGAUGAUUUGAAAUUGAGUGUAAGUAUUUUAUAUAUUUUCUAUGAAGUUUCUAAAGAAAUGUAAAAAAAUGGUUGUACAUUUUAAGAAAGAAAUUGAUGCAAUAAAUUGCUUCUAAUUA